AUGCAGCGACAUACCCUCGACAACCUUCCAGACGAUGUCUUGCUCAAAAUCCGGGACCAGAUCGAACCCCAUCCGGAGAAGACAGUUCCUAUUGACCGGCGACAAUUUCUGUCUGAAGAGAGCUUCGAGCGUCCGCUACCGCCGGCGAGGCAUUCGCUUCGUGACAUAGGCCAUUUCAGAUGCGCUUGUCGAAGGUUCGCAGAAAUUGGGGAACCCCUGCUCUUUACCAAAGUUGUGACGAGGUUCUCCAAGAACGGGCUGUGGAGACUGGAGCAGUUGACCGCAUGGCCGCAUUUAGCACGUCAUGUGAAGAAGUUUUCUUACCUUGUACCUUACUUCUAUACCCACGACGACGAUUCGGUGCGGUUCCGGCUACCAAACGCUGGCGCAGCUACGGCACACCUUGAUCUUAGCAGUCUGCGGCAGAAGAUCGCAGAACAGCACGAGAUCGUCCGAACCGAACAGGACGUUCGUGUGCUGAAGGGAGCCGUUGCAAAGUUCACGGCCCUGCAGCAAAUCCAGCUACUGCGUGUUGCUGAUGACGAAGAUACUGCAUUACUUGCAUAUAUCCGUAGACACGAGGAUUAUAGGCAGUUUGUGAAUCUGGAGUGGGCGCCGGCAUGCUUGAGGGGCUCAAUGACAAUAGGUACAGCCCUUGCGCACGCCAACGUGCCAGAGAUACGAUUCUCAUCACCAGUGCUGAGCCCCCAGAGCGCAGAAUUCCUUUCAGCUCAUAGACCGCAGUCUCUGACUACCCUUGCUGCACGACUCACAUGCCUAACAUUGCACUUCGAUGAUGGACAGGACCUGGAUCGGAAGAUGAGCGAUCUUUCCGGCUUAUUCCACAGCGUGUUCCACAGCGCUGUCAAUCUACAAGCGGUGCAUGUUGGUUUUCCGCCACGCAGACCCCUCAAUCUUCCCCUGGACUCCGUCUUCCAUAACGUGACUUGGAGCAGGUUGGUGGCGUUUGGGGUACAGAGCUGGUUAUUGGACGCUGAGGAGAUCGUCGACCUUGCUCUACGACACAAGAGUGGUUUGAAAGGGCUUCGGCUUCGGGAUGUCCAGCUCAGAGAAGGCAGUAUGUGGAAAGACGUCUUAGGACCGUUGAGGGACUCGAUGUACAGGCUCGAAUGGGUCAGCUUACGCGGUAUUGGGUAUGCACGCGACUUCGACGAGACGUGGUCCGGAGCCGAAUUGCCAGACGACAUUCCACCUGGUGAGAGUGACAGCGAGAGUAGCGAGGAAGAGGAGACGCCGAUGCCCGGACCGAGCACGAGUCACCAUAACACCACCAACGAUCGCUUGGAGGAUGAAGACGAGCAUUGGAGCGCUGAUACGGAUUCGGACGACGAGCAACGACCGGAAGAAGCCAACGAAAUGGAUUUUCCACCCCUCAACUCACCUGAUACUCCGGCCUCUGCGCCGUGGUGUAACUGCAACGGUUCCGGGCAUACGGACUCCGCAGAGCAUCUUGGCGAUGACGGAGAACGAGUUGAUAAUCGACAGCGCAAAGCGUGGGAGAAGUGGGUUCUCAAGCGAUGUCCGGAACACGAUCGCCAACAUUGA